AUGACCCUCAGUCCAAGCAGGUGAUUCUGGGAUUCGACCUUGGCUCAGCCCCCGGAAGAAAUACGGGACUUAACCCAAGAAUACAACUUCUUAAUUAGGCCAAUUCCUUAAAAUAUAUGUGAAGGAACGAUUCCCGCAAGCGUCUUUGGCGUCUAGCGAGCUGUGCUGUAUUCCAUGCUCAUGAAUGUUACUUACUUGCAAAGCAUUGCCCGGCCCCCUCUUACAAACACUGAAGCCGUCACCAAUCCCAGUAGCGGGCAGGUCAAAUAUUUAUACAGAGGCAGAACGGGGCGACUUUAAACGCAUUCAUUCACGUGAGCCUUCGAUUAAAACUUUUUUGACCUGUCAACAAGUCAUAGCGAUAGGUUAUUAACCAGCACUAACCUAUAUAAAACGCUUAUCUUUUAAUUUCAAAAUAUAGUAGCUGCAAAUUACAAAAAAAAGACCGACAUGAGGAUUGCGUUUUCUGUGAAUUUUCUGAUACUUUGUGACAUAAUUGGACAUUAUGCUACAAACGGGGGGCUCUGCUGGCUGCAGCAGGGAAGGGAGCCGGCCUGCGCCAUGGUGCUGAUGAGACAGGUCAGCUUCGAAGAGUGCUGUGGUGGGAGCAGCCUGGACAAAGCGUGGUCCAACAGUAGCGCAUCCAUUAAUGAGGUCAGCCUACUUGGAUUGCUGGGUAUGGUCCCCUGCAGACCAUGCAAAGAGACGUGCGAGGGGGUGAACUGCGGCCCGGCGAAGGUGUGCCAAAUGAAGGGGGGCCGGCCCCAGUGCACGUGCUCGCCGGACUGUACCAACAUGACCCGGGGGGAGCCCGUGUGCGGCAGCGACAGCAGCACCUACCGGGACGAGUGCGCCCUGCUGCUGGCCCGGUGCCAGGGCCAGCCGGACCUGGAGGUCAUGUACCAGGGCGAGUGUAAGAAGGACUGCUCCAAGGUUGUGUGCCCAGGCACUCACACCUGUGUCACAGACCAGACAGAGAGUGCCCACUGUGUCACGUGCCGCACUGCCCUCUGCCCAUUGCCCCUGAUCACAGAGCAGUCCAUCUGUGGCAACAACAACAUCACCUAUGCCAGCGCCUGCCACCUGCGCCGGGCCACCUGCUUCCGUGGGCGCUCCAUUGGCGUUCGUCACUAUGGCCCAUGUUCGGGUAUCCCUCUUAAACGUGCUGUGGAAAAUGCCCUGUAGCACUGGUUGUUCCGCUUCUCUGGAUUCCCUGCGAUUGACGUAGUACAGACUGCCUGGAUAUUUUCCCGUUUCUAUAAACAAAGAAAUCAACCACUCCUUGUUCAGCGACUACCUCAGUUUGUGACCAUUCGCAAGUACGACAGUAAUCAAAGAUUCAUUUUCUGACCAAUGUGCACAUAUUCGACCAAAUUUCCUGUGCCUGACAAUUAUGAAUGCCGGGGUCAGAGAGGUCUUUGACAUAGAAUGUUCUGAAUGUUCAAAGGAUGAAAGAAAUUGAGAACAGAAGGCUGAAGUAAUGUUUUGAGCAUGGUCGUAGUCACACCUAAGCUACCGUGAUUUUAACUCUGUGACUAUUUCGCUUAAAGACUUGGGCAUUGGAAAGGAAUUCGGUCACUAAACCAGGAGUGGUUAUAUAAACCAACAUAUACUUCUCUUCGGAACAGUAAGAUCUCGGUUACACUUUAUUUGACAGGGAAUAAAUUUUUAGUAAUAACUCAGUUACUACUGAAGUACAAAGCAUAAAUAUAGCAGCUACUUGAGAUAAAAGAUGUGUCAUGGUUCAUUAAUGAUGAACAAACAUGAGAUCAAUAUGUCACGUGUUAUUCAUUAC